AUGUGCCUGCCUGUACAUGGCACGGUAGGCCACCAGCUUGCAUCCAGUCCAAGUGCAGAUUCCCAGCUGUCAGCUGACAAGCAUCUAGACCUUUUGACCAACUCUGGACGGCAGUCACGGGUCUAUGAUCCUUUUCCGACUCCAGUCUACUCUAGCGUAGGCUUUGACAUCCUUGGAAAACUGGUGGAAAAUGUCAAUGGAAAAUCUUAUUCGGAGUAUCUCCAAGACUCCGUCUUCCAAACCGCCAAACUCAAUCGCACAUCCGUCGAAAUUCCAGGCGACCAAAGUAUUGGCUUCAUCCCCGCGGUGCCAGGUUGUUCCGGCGCCAUGUACUCCAGCAACAACGACAUCCUCUCGUUCAGAGCAUCGAUACUAUCAUCUGAGCUUUUCACACUGGAGAGGACACGUGCCUGGCUGAAGCCAAGGUCUUCUACAUCCUCAUCUGGCCCUUACGUUGGGGGACCCUGGGAGGUCGCACGUGGAGCAAAUCUCGCAUCAGAUGGUCGAAACAUUGACUUUUACACGAAAACGGGAAAUCAAUAUGAUUAUACCAAUGUCCUUGUUCUGGUCCCUGACUAUGACUUGGUCAUUGCGAUAAACCUUGUGGGCGGGGUCCAUAGCAGCCUCCCGGAGAUCGAGGCUUUAUUUUCCGCCCUCGUCAAGGCCCUCAUUCCUGUAGUUGAUUAG